AUGGGACACCAUGAAAGGCGUUGGUCGCUCAUGACAGCAGGACGGUGGCCAUGGAAGUCGGAAUCCGCUAAGGAGUGUGCAACGACUCACCUGCCGAAGCAACCAGCCCUGAAAAUGGAUGGCGCUGAAGCGUUUUGCCUAUACACUACCGUUACGGGCACGUGCGGCGUGCGCAUUCGUGUGCGUCUGCGUCAUUAUGCCGUAACGAGUAGGACGUGCGCGGCGGAGAGCGCAGAAGGGUCUGGGCGUGAGCCCGCUUGGAGCCUCCGUCGGUGCAGAUCUUGGUGG